AUGGAAGGCGGACCAGCGAGCAAUAAGGAAGCCUUUAAGAAGUCUGAGAAAACUGUUCAUCGCCUUUCUCUAAUCGAUGUUCAAGGUGUACCUCUCAAAAGUCAGAUUGUAAACAACUUGGAUUCAAUUUUGCAAUUCUGCCCUGACCCAUCUGACCUGCUUAUUGCUACCUACCCUAAAGCAGGAACAACCUGGGUUCAGGAAAUUGUAGAUCUUCUGCUGAACAAUGGAGAUGCUGAAGCAUGCAAGAGAGCACCCAUAAUUAAUCGUAAUCCUUUCCUGGACAGCUGCCUUUCUCCACCUUUACCAUCAGGGCUUGACUUACUCAAAGAAAUGAAACCCCCAAGAGUCAUCAAGACUCAUAUGCCCAUUCAACUAGUGCCUAAAGGAUUCUGGGACAAUAAAUGCAAGGUCAUCUAUGUGGCUCGAAAUGCUAAAGACAAUGUUGUAAGCUACUUCUACUUUGAUCAGAUGAAUUUAACCCACCCAGAACCAGGCUCUUGGGAUGGAUACAUUCAGAAGUUCAUGAAGGGACAAUUGUCUUGGGGCUCUUGGUAUGAUCACGUGAAAGGCUACUGGAGGGAACGAAAGGAAAGAAAUAUCCUUUACCUUCUCUAUGAGGACAUGAAAGAGAAUCCUGGUCGGGAAAUCAAGAAGAUUAGGCGCUAUCUUGGUGUGUCGGUUUCUGAUGAUGUCAUAGAGAGGAUUGUGCAGUUGACAUCUUUCAAAACCAUGAAGGAUAAUCCUAUGGCCAACUACUCCUUUAUUCCAAAGCUAGUGUUUGAUCAGUCUGUUUCUCUCUUCAUGAGAAAAGGAGAGGUCGGUGACUGGGUCAACCAUUUCACUCCAGCUCAAUCCCAGAUGUUUGACGAAGACUAUGCAAAACAAAUGAAAGAUGUGGAUAUUCAGUUCCGUUUUAGAAUUUGAUUACUUAUUGUUUUGUGCAACUUGUAGAAAAAGUAAUUCAUUUACAUCGGUGGUUUUCAGACUUGCACAGUAUGAAACAUUGAAUACUAUCAGAAUAACAAGUUGAAGUUCUAGCAUUGUGUAAUUUAAUGUUUUUCUUUAGUUAAAUUACUGAGCUUGAGAUUGCUCUGUGUUAUGAAUUUUCCUUGGGGGCUGCACAAAGAGAAGCAACACGUUCUUAAAAAGUUAAUUUGUUAAUUAUUAACACAUUGUUUCUGUUACACUAUUUGACACAUUAUGGGGCGGAUUCCCGGAUACUUAAGACUAGUAAUAGACUUAAAACAACUUGCACUGACAUAUCUUAAAAUCAACACAGUCUCACGGGACUUUGUGACAUUGUCACGAACUGCAAUCUAUUCAUUCGUUUUUUCGUGUGACCCAGCACGACUUUCAAUCUAACGUAUUUUAAUACACUGUAUUUCAUAUGUAUAUAAUAUAUAUCAACGCAUGGGAAUUCAUACCUAUUACAAGUUGGCUCAUUCCUGUGAAUUCCUAUUUCCUACGAUCUCAUUCGUAUGUUUUGUAAUGAUUUGACUUUGCUUUAUGGUUUGGGGUGAGGUAAAGUGUUGGUUGGCCACCUCCUAAAAUAUGUAUGAAUUCUUUUGAUAUCAGUUUAUAAAUAUAUAAAUGUACAUACACACGCGGUCUGUGUAUUGAAAGUCAUGCUGACUGACACGAAAAAGAGGGAAAUUCGUGUCCAUGAACACAAAUAUAUACAGUAGAUUCCAAAUUUCGCGCCAAUGCCACAAACUGCCAUGAGACUGGAUUGCUUAAAAGACAUCAGUGCCAUUGUGUACUCUCAAAAUGCACACAAAUUAUGUUUUUUGUAAAGCCCCUAGUUGUUAUUUUAACACUACUUAAAGGAACCACACAAAUGGCGUUAAAAGUAUCGAAAUGUGUUUUCCCAGAAAUAACAAAGAGAUGUCUCAUUUAUGAACGAGAGCUCUUGUUCAACAUGUACAGAAACUAAUGCAAUGCGAAGACCUUUAUGAUUUAUUUUGCAUUACAGUUAAUACAAAUGUUUUUACUAUAAAUAUCAUUCUUAAACAACAGUUACUGUUGUAAAAACAUGGUACAUUUGUUGUUACUGUUCUACAAACACCAUGAUAAAACUUUGGUUUGUAGUAAAAACACUUUCCUAAUGAACGUUUCCACUGUAAGUGAUAUGCAGAUAUUUUUAUAACUGUAUUUAACAUAAUUCAAGAUUGUGAAUGUAUACUAAUGUGUACCAAAUAGUUAAAAUUAUUUACGAGAGAAAAUUAUGUGUUCUUGUCCUCGUAUAGUAAGAUACAGACAAAUCCACGAGUGUCCCGCUUGUAACAUGUUAAAGUGAGCAGCUCAUUCACUCAUAGACACGCAGAACAAGCAGAGGACAUAUUUAAAUAGUAGAAUUUCGCUUAUGUGAUUCCUUCCAUGUUUUCCCACAUCGCACAGAUCAUAGGGCUAGAUAAAAACACAACGACAAACGCACUUCACACAAACAAGCAGCUCUGUCUAAUGCACCUGCCAAACUGUAUUGGCCGCAUGCUACACUAUUAAAUAUAUUCUUAGCACAGACCGUUUUUUUCGUAGCAUGUGCGACAUACAUGUCACACUGUACAGCCCUGAGCAUGAUUGAAAAAAGCUAGGAGGGUCAGUUUUCGUCUGGGACAUUAAAGGGAUAGUUCCCCCGAAAAUACAGACUUAUAAUAUUUUUUUUCUGCUGUGGUAGUAAAUGAUGACCCCGAACUGAAAACUGCUAAUAUUUUCCAAAUAUAUUUCUUUGUGUAGAAAAUAGUUUGAAAAAGUAAGCAGUAAUUUUAGAAAUAUCUGUCUUUCCACUAUAGUCUUGCUAUGAUGUAAUUUGUAUUAAUAUUGAAAUGUUACGUCAAAAAGGUAUUGUUUAAAUAUUAACUGAGAUAAAACUAAGAGAUCCCACCAUAUGUCCUCAUAUUUACUGUAUGUCUUGCUGUUGGACAGGUAAAUAAAAACACAAGAAGUUUGUCUUUUCAGGCAUUUUAAGGUAUACAUUUGUGAAGAUUUCAUAAAUACCCUCAGUAAUUUGUGGGUUAAGUUUAUAUUCUUCUGUUUACAUGUUUGUGUGGUUAAUUUUUUGGAAAUGUUUUCUGUUAUAUUUCUAGCCUAAGGUGCACAUUAGAUUGGAAGAAAGACACCAGUCAUUUUCAUUCCUUUACUUUAUUUAGAAGUUGUAUUUCUUCUCAUAACCUUUGUCUCUGGGUUCAUGCUGCAGCAUGGUUCCGGGGGCGGUAAGAGGGUGUGCGGCCUUCCUGUUUCCCUUUUUAUUCUAUCGCCGAAGAUUAUGGGUAGGCUUGGUUCAUUUAUUAUGUUUGGGGGUUAUUGUUAUGUUUUAUGUUAUGAAUGAA